CAGGGGUCGGUGCUGGGGCAGGGGAGAGUCCCCGGGGCCCCCCCCGCCCCCUGCAGCCCCCCCGUUGCAGGAAGGGUCAGGAUGGGUCCCGCCGCCUUCCUGGGGCUCUGCCUGCUGGGGAGCCUGGUGCUGCCCCCCUCCCUGCCGGGGGCUGAGGCCACCCGGUGUCCCCGGGGCUGGCUGUCCUUCGAGGGACACUGCUACGGCUACUUCGGGCAGCAGCUGAGCUGGAGGAGGGCUGAGGCGUGGUGCCAGGCCACCCGCGGGGGACACCUGGCGUCGCUGCGCAGCCCCGAGGAGCACCGGGCGCUCGCCGCCUUCCUGGCCCGGCGGCCGCGGCGGGGAGAGGACGACGAGGAGGGCGACAAGGACAGGGACAGGGACAGGGACAGGGACAGGGACAGGGACAGGGACAGGGACAGGGAGAAGGACGAGAGCGUCUGGAUCGGCCUGCACCGGCGGCGCCAGGGCUGGCUCUGGGCUGACGGUUCCCCGCGGCACUACUGGGCGUGGGAGGGGGACGAUGGCCCCAAGGGACAUCCCUGCAUCGCCCUGGAGGACUCGGCAGGGUUCAUGGCCUGGGAGGGCGAGGCCUGUGGGGAUCGCAAACCCUUCAUCUGCAAAUACCCGGCCUAGGGGGGCCCAGGGCUGCCCCCCGCCCCUGGGGCGUGACCCCACCCCGCAGCGACCCCAAACCCCAUCCCAGACCCCAAACCCCAUCCCCGCCCCCAAACCCCAUCCCAGACCCCAAACCCCAUCCCUGACCCCAAACCCCAUCCCUGCCCCCAAACCCCAUCCCAGACCCCAAACCCCAUCCCUGCCCCCAACCCAGACCCCAAACCCCAUCCCAGACCCCAAACCCCAUCCCCGCCCCCAAACCCUACCCCAGACCCCAAACCCCAUCCCAGACCCCAAUCCCUGCUGUGCUGCCCCCCAAAUCCCACCUGCUGCCACCCCAAUUCCACCUCCUUCCCCCCAAACCCCCAUCCCCGAUCCCAAACCCUUCUCCCAGUCCUGCCCCCACUGUGUCGCCCCCCAAAUCCCACAUCCCUGCCCCCCAUCCCAAACCCUGCCCCCCAAACCUCCUCCCCCAAACCCAGGGCCCCAAAACCCUGUCCUGCACCCCAACUCCCAUCCCCCAACCCCUGAACCACCCGCAGCCCCCCUCCUACACCAGGACCCCCCAAUAAAGUGAUGGAAGCACCGGGACCCCCCCGUGUCCCUUUGCUGUGUCUGCGCCCCACGGGUGA